CUAGCACACCAUAGACAGGAAGCAAGCGGAUUUUGUAAAGUUUACGUUACAUUUUUGUCGUUGUUUCGCGAGUGGAAAUUAUGUAAACUGGAGAUCUAAUGGCUUUUUGUGUGGGAUACAAUUUAUAUCAGCCAUAUUUUGUAAAACUGAAUCAUCUACUAGAGUUAUAUGAUUUACAUUGUAACUGGUCUGAUUGGGUACCAACGUGAUUUUCACACUCUUGAAUCCACCUAUAACUUUUUUUGUGUGUGUAUCUGUGAACUGAUAUAAUCAAAAUAUUCUCGAGAAAAUCAAAGAGAUUAUUGUUACGUAUAUUUCUCAACUGAUUGUGUUUCUAUUCACUCCAUACUAUACGCAGUAAAAAUUCCUUUAUACAAACAGAUAGCAACAAAUAUAAGCAUAUACAUAGUCUUUCCAAAUUUACAUAGAAAUCAAAUCAUUUUUUGUUGUUGUUGUGAUAUUUAGCUCGGUUCGAAUAAUAAGAAGCCGGAAAAAGGGAAAGAGAGUACAAAGAAGAAAUAUUUUAUUUUAUUUUCUCUUCACAACUUUUCCCACUUUGUUAUAUUGUAUAUUUUUUGUCUUCAUACUAAUUACGGAUAUUAAUAGACACAUACUAUUGAAAAGAGAGUAAAUUUAGCGGUCAGUUAUUUGUUUGUUUUAAUUUUCUCUUUUGUUUUUGUUUUCUGAAGAAAAAUGACAUUUUAACUCAUCGUUUUUCAGUGUUUUCUUUUUAUUUAUUUAUUAUUAUUAGACAGACAUAGAAUAUUCAGUUUAUUCGUCCUCAACUUUUCUCUCUUCAUUUUUUGUUGCAUAAUUAAUUCUUGUUUGUGUCGUUCUAGAGAAUGAAAAAAAACUUGUUCACCUCUGUUUUGCUUUUCUGUUGUUAAUAUUAUCGUUAUGGCUAUGAUUAUUAUUGUCAGUGUUAGGUUUCACUGAAUCCUCCUGUGUUUUUUCUUGACUUUUCUUUGUUUCCUUUGAAUGGUACCAUUUAUUAGUCUACUAUAUGACUACUGUUAGUAUUAUUUAUAUCUGAGGAAAAAGUAUAUUCAUAACUUUGCUUCAUGGGUCGUAAAAAAAUACUCAUCAAGAAGAUUGCAGACGAACGAAAUCGUCAGGUUACAUUUACAAAACGCAAAUUGGGAUUAAUGAAAAAAGCUUAUGAAUUGAGUAUACUAUGUGAUUGUGAAAUAGCUUUAAUUGUAUUUACAAGUUCUCAAAAGUUAUUUCAGUAUGCUAGUUCAGAUAUGGAUAAAAUUCUACUUAGAUAUACAGAAUUCAAUGAACCGCAUGAAUCAAAAACAAAUAGGGAUAUAGCAGAGUUAAUCAAUCGUAAAGAGGGUAAAUUUUCCUAUCUAUCCGAUGGUGAUGCAGCUAGUGAUAAUAAUGAUCCCUUUUUCUCAAAUACAACGGAUCAAUUAAGUGAAGCUGGCGGUUCUGUACGUACUGGGACUAAAACGCCGAUUGCAUCAUCAGUUUCAAUGGCUUUAGAGUUCUCUGGAUCAAUACCAGACGUAUCGAAGCAUAUGCCUGAUAUAACACAUUCUGUUACACCUGAGAGUAUUACCGAUCAACAUAUGAAUGCAACACGUGCAGUAAAUUCUUCUAUGCAUUUUAAUGUAUCUACUGAACGUGAAACUAAACCAGAGAAUUUAUUAUAUCAUGAACAAGAUACUACUACCGAUGGAAGAGUAAUCAGUGAAUCUCGUGUUAAUGAAUUAUGUCAAGAGAUAAUGUUGGAUGGAGAAACAACUCAAACUUUUGAAUCAAAUCUAAGAUCUGGUUCUAGAAAUCAUAUCCCACAAAUACAUUUUGAAUCUCAAGAUUUUUCAGCGCAUAAUCGUAGACCAUAUUUAAUAGAUCCCAAUAUGAAGUCUACUGUUUCAGUAGAUCAUAUAGGUUCAUUUCGACCAGAAAAUGUUCACACCAUUAGGACUGACGUUCAAAAUUGUUUCAAUAAUCAACUGUUAUCAGCUCCAACAAUUAGUUCCGACAAUUACAAUAAUCGCACAGUAAAUAAUGCACACCUAAGUCCUGGAUCUUUUUCAGAACCAUCAAGUUAUGCAGUUCAGCGAUCGUCAGCUAACACAACGAAACGUAUUAAAAAACCUAUAUUUGAACCAUAUGAUGAAUAUUUUUACUCAAAAACCUCCUCUCCAAAUCCAAAUAUAGAGUCAAGAUCACGUUCACCUGGAAUCUCUAUAAAACAGAAUGCUCUUUCUCCUCCUACUAGCUACUGUGAUUCACGUCGUUUAACACAUUUAUUAAGAGGCAAUUUACCACCUGACAAGCAUUUAGAUGUUACAUCAUGGGAAGGUAAUCAAACAGCCGUUAUUACAGAUGUUAACAGACCUAUUCAAACACAAGUAUAUAAUAAUUCCUUUAAUUUAUCUUCAGCAUCACCUAGUCGACAGACAUUAUCCAACUUACAUGAUCGUAAUAUUUCCACUUUUUCAGACUCUAAACUUAAAAAUGAUAAUCUAUAUGCUAACAGUAUAAAUGAUGCAAUAAGUUUAUCUCAUAAUUUACAAACAACAUCCGGUAAUUUAUCCCUACAGAAGAGAAUUAAUCAUUUCCCUGCUGUUUAUGAGUCUAUGUCAUCACUCAAUCCUUGUAAGUUACAACAACAGCAACAACACCCUUCAUCUAUUCUUGAUGAUGAAAUGUGCAUUUCGAAUCUAAGUCCAUUUCAUUUUAUGUCCAAUACAUUGAAUGAUGUGAUCAAUAAUAAUAAUAAUAAUCAGCCACCAAAUUCGAAUAGUACUCAAAACUUGGACUCUGAUGUAAAUCGACUUUCGAAAUUUAUUGUUACUACUACUACUAAUAAUAAUAGUGAUAAUGCCAAUAAUAAUGAUAACACUACUAUCAUAGUAACAACUGGUAAUGGUGCUUCAAUAAAUCAGAAAUCAUUUAAACCAGAUCAUUUUAUAGAAUCUGUACCUAGUCCAGAGCUACUAUUAUUUCUUUCAUCCAAUAAUAAUAAUAUUAACAGUAAUAGUAAUAAUCCAAAAACUAAUCAAGCAACUGCGCCUAUGACAACAACAGAUUCAGAUUUAUCCCAUUGUACUUCUUCUUCUUCUUCUUCUUCUUCAUCAUCAUAUGAUUUACAAUCGUAUUCUUCUACAAAGAUGUGCGUACGCACAAACAAAUCAAAAAUGCAUUUCUCAGGUAAACAAAAGUUAAUUAUUGUGAAGUAA